AUUGGAUGUUAGAAGAUAAGACAAGGUGUGCGGAGGACGAGCUGUGCAGCGCGCGCUGCCGAGAGUGUUGAGAAAAGUCGUGCGCCACUCUUCACCAGAUCACAGCAAUCGACAUGCGGCCUUGCUGCGUUUUGACGCUUCUCGCCUUCUUCGUACUUGUACACACCAACCAGCUCACCGCUUCGGUAAUAAGGAGGUACGACGACGACGUCUAUGACUUCGACGGGGACGUGGAGCCGCUGUUGACGCUGCUGGGACAGCAGGAGGACAAGGUGUACAACGGGCUGGCCAGGGAGCUGCUCGACAACAUAGAGGCCAGACAGGACAACAGAUUCUCAAGCAACUACGAGGACAUGCUGGAGCCCAUGGCCAUGAGAGUGCGGAGAAAGUGCGAGUCGGGGACGUGUGUACAGAUGCACCUGGCGGACAGACUGCGGCUCGGACUGGGCCACGGCAUGUUCACCAACACCGGCCCGGAGAGCCCCGGCCGCAAGAAGCGCUCCCUGGGAGCCUCCCGCCGCCUGUAAGGACCGGCGCCUCCUGGGAACUCGUUAAGGAAUAAAAAGUUGAUGAUGGAGAAUGGACUAGAAAUCGUCUCCGACUUCCGAGUGGAACACACGGAACAGAAGAGAACAGUGAAAAGACCCUGAUAGGCAAUUGGAUUUUUGUCCAAAAUAGAUUCAUAUCUUUGCUCAUAGGAAGCUUAAGGCUAAACUUUUUAGAGAUAGAAAGGAGAAAAAUAGGAGAAAAAAAGAACGUUUAGCACAGACCUGCCCUCUGUGCCUCCGUAGGUUAUAUUCUGUGACGCUCCAGAAGACAGCAACGAUGGAUAAAAUCAUAACAGCUGUCAUAGGAAUUAGAUCGCAACUGAUAGAAUUACAGCCAGCUGACUAGUGCUUUAGUGCAAGGAAACACUACGUAGUUUGUAGUUUAUUUGGAUGAACCCAGUCGUCAAAAAUGGUAUACUAAGAUGUGGGUGCAAUACGAAGCAGAUUGAAUUAAUUGCAUCACAACAAAAUAUUUAUGAGAUGGCUUCAUUGCCUUUAUAUGUCAUUAAGACGACGUCAGGUAUACAUAAUAAAUAUGGUUUCGUUCG